AAUAACAUGUCAUCCGUGGAUCCGUUUGACGAGCUGGCAAACACGCCGCAGUACCAGGAGCGCUUCAUCAAGUCCAAGAUCAAACAAUUGUCUGAUGAACGUGAAUUAGUUCAAAAGAAGACUUUCCAGAAAUGGGUGAAUUCACACUUGGUCCGCGUGAACUUCAAGAUUCAGGAUCUAUAUGUGGAUCUACGUGAUGGCAAAAUACUCAUCAAACUGUUGGAAGUACUGUCUGGGGAGAGAUUACCUCGACCAACUAAAGGCAAGAUGAGGAUUCACUGCCUGGAGAAUGUAGACAAGGCUUUGACUUUCCUACAUGAACAGAGAGUGCAUCUCGAGAACAUGGGUGCCCAUGACAUAGUGGAUGGCAGUGCCCGGCUCACCCUGGGUCUUAUCUGGACCAUCAUUCUUAGGUUCCAGAUCCAAGAUAUCACCAUAGAAGAGUUUGACAACAAGGAAACCAAAUCCGCCAAGGAUGCACUGCUGUUGUGGUGCCAGAUGAAGACUGCUGGGUAUCCAAAUGUGAAUGUUCGCAAUUUUACCACAAGUUGGCGGGAUGGUCUUGCAUUCAAUGCUUUGAUACACAAACACAGACCCGACUUGAUCCACUAUGAAAAACUUCAGAAAUCAAAUGCCAUGCACAACCUACAAAAUGCUUUCACUGUUGCCGAAGAGAAGCUGGGAUUGGCCAGUCUGCUGGACCCAGAGGAUGUCAAUGUGGAGUUUCCUGAUGAGAAAUCAAUCAUUACCUACGUGGUCACUUACUACCACUACUUCUCCAAGAUGAAGGCUGACUCUGUGCAAGGAAAGCGUAUCGGGAAAGACUUGAGGUCAAGUAUUUUGGAGAUGAAUGAAAAGCAGUUUCAGAGUUUACUAGGACUUGAGGUCGAAUUUGAUGAGAAAGGCAACCUAGAGAUUCUCCUGUUCACCAUACAGAGCAAGAUGCGGGCCAACAACCAGCGCCCAUACCUGCCCCGGGAAGGCAAGCUGCUUUCUGAUAUCAACAAGGCCUGGGAAAGGCUGGAGAGAGCUGAGCAUGAGCGGGAACUGUCUCUCCGUGAGGAGUUGAUCAGGAAGGACAAUGUCCUUCGCCUGUGGAACUACCUGCUAGAGCUGCUGCAGGCCCGUCGCAUGCGACUGGAGCUGACACUGAGUCUGUACAGGGUCUUCAAGGAAAUGCUCUACAUUCUGGACUGGAUGGAAGAAAUUAAGGCUCGCUUGUUGUCUGAAGACUAUGGCAAGCAUCUGAUGGGUGUGGAGGACUUGCUGCAGAAGCACAAUCUCUUGGAGGCUGAUAUUGGCGUUGUAGCAGAGCGAGUGUCCACAGUGAACUCUCAGGCUCAGAGAUUUAUCGAUGAUGACUUCUCAGAAAUUGGAGGCUACAGGCCUUGCAGUCCCGACAUGAUCCGUGAAAGGAUGUCCAUGCUGGAGACGGCAUAUGAUGAACUACACCAGCUGGCGGCAGAGAGGCGUAAACGUCUGGAAGAGUCUCGCAAACUCUGGCAGUUCUAUUGGGACAUGGCUGAUGAGGAGGGGUGGAUCCGAGAAAAGGAGCAGCUCAUGUCAUCACCCGACCUGGGUCAUGACCUCACCAGUGUCAACCUGUUGCUGACCAAACACAAGGCCAUGGAGGAUGAAAUGGCCCAUCGCCACACUCACCUCCAAGAAGUACAAGCUGCUAGUAAUGAACUUAUUGCUGCCGGUAACUUUGGGGCUGACCAGAUCGAGCAGAGGAACAAAGAAAUUUCCGCUCAGUGGGAGAGUCUGAUAGAUUUGGCUACCUACCGCAAGAAAAGGCUCAAUGAGGCUGUUGACUUUUACCAGUUUUUCGCUGAUGCAGAUGAUGUGGACACUUGGCUGAUGGAUACCCUGCGUAUCGUGUCCAGUGAGGAUGUGGGUAAAGAUGAAGCCAGUGUGCAGUCACUGCUCAAGAAACAUAAGGAAGUUACAGAAGAGCUCAAAAGCUACCAGUCUGUCAUUGAAAGUCUGCAUGAACAAGCAGCAAAUCUGGGAGAGCAGGAUCGGGAGUCGCCAGAUGUCCAGGCUCGGCUGAACUCUAUUGACCGCCAUUACCAGGAACUCUUGGAGUUCUCCAAGCUGCACAAGCAGCGACUUAUUGAUGCCCUUUCACUGUACAAACUCUUCAAUGAAUCUGAUGGAGUAGAGACUUGGAUUGAUGAGAAGGAGAAAUUUUUGUCCACCAUUAUUGUCACCGAUGAUGUUGAAGAGCUGGCCAUUAUGAAGCACCGUUUCGAAAGUUUCGAACAUGAAAUGAAUGCUACAGCUUCAAAAGUGGCUGUUGUGAACCAAUUGGCUCGCCAGCUGAUGCAGGCUGAACACCCGAACGCUGAAGAAGUUGUGGAGCGACAGAACCAGCUGAAUGCCACUUGGAAUAAGCUUCGAGAAAUGGCUGACCAGAAGAGAGAUGAUAUUACAGUUGCUCAUGAUUUCCAGAACUUUAACAUUGAGUGUAAUGAAACAAUUGGCUGGAUCCACGAGAAGGCCAAACUGAUAGAAUCCACAGAUGAGCUGGGCAAUGACCUGGCUGGGGUGAUGACUCUGCAGCGAAGACUUAGCACCAUGGAAAGGGAUCUUGCUGCCAUUCAGGCUAAGCUUGAAUCACUACAGAAUGAGGCAGAAAAACUUGAGGAUCAGAAACCAGAGGAAGCCCAGGCUAUCAAGGAUAAGAUUGCAGAAAUAAACAAUGUCUGGCUGGACCUUAAAGAAAUGUUGAAAGAACGUGAUGAGAAGCUGGGAGAAGCCGGAGAACUGCAGCGCUUCCUGGGCAGCCUAGAUCACUUCCAAUCCUGGCUGUCUCGCACCCAGACCACAGUUGCCUCUGAAGACAUCCCCAACUCACUGGCUGACGCUGAAAAGCUGCUCAACCAACACCAGCAGUUGCGUGAUGAGAUCGACACCUAUGCUCCAGAGUACGCCAAGAUCAAGGAAUUUGGGGAUAAAGUCACAGAAGGAGAAGAGGAUCCCCAGUAUAUGUUCCUUAGACAGAGACUACAAGCACUUGAUGAUGGUUGGCAUGAGCUUCUGCAGAUGUGGGAGAACAGACAGCAGCUGUUGUCCCAGUCUCUUAGUCUGCAGAUGUUCUUGCGAGAUGCCAAACAAGCAGAAGUUCUUCUUAGUCAACAAGACAAUUUCUUGUCCAAGGAAGAUGUUCCGACAUCAGUUCAGGCAGCAGAGAACCUGAUUAAGCGCCAUGAAGCUUUCAUCACAACAAUGGAUGCCAAUGAUGAGAAGAUCAAUGCAGUGCUGCAGUUCGCUAACCGACUCAUUGAUGAGAACCAUUAUGAUCGUGAGAAGAUACACAAGAAGGCAGAAUCCAUCAGUGAAAGGCGAGACCAGAACCGGCAAAGGUCUGAUGAACAGCUGGACAAAUUGAAAGACCAACUCACCUUGCAGCAGUUCUUGCAGGAAUGUGAUGAGUUGCGAGACUGGCUGCAAGACAAGAUGGCAGCAGCUCAAGAUGAAACUUACAGAGAUGCAAAGAAUCUCCACAGCAAAUAUGUCAGGCACAAGGCAUUUGAGUCUGAGAUUGCAGCAAACAAGGACAGGCUGAAUCGAGUUGUUGAAGAAGGGGAAUCCAUCAUGCAAGCCAAGCCGGAAACCCGGGAUCAGAUUGAGCCCAUGCUGGCCGAUCUCUCCAGCCAAUGGGAGGACCUGGAGACGACCACCAAGGAGAAAGGAGAGCGUUUGUUUGAUGCCAACAGGGCCGUGUUGUACCAGCAGAGCUGUGAUGAUGUAGACAGCUGGGUCAACGCCUUGGAGUCCCAGAUUGUCACUUCUGAUGAUUUCGGUAAAGAUCUGACCACUGUGAACCUUCAGGUGCAGAAACAGAAUCAACUGGAGAACCAGUUGAGAAUGAAGGAGCAGCAGGUGCAGGAGCUAGAGUUACAGAGUGAACAUUUACGUCGUAUGGAGCCAGAGAAAGAUGAGGAGAUAGAGGCUCGGCGAAUUCUUGUUGCUGAAAGGUUUGCCAAGAUUCAAGGCCCGUUAAUGAUGCGCCGUGCCAACUUAGACAAGGUCAAGCGCAUACACCAGUUCAUGCGGGAUGUGGAGGAUGAAAAGCUGUGGAUUGAGGAGAUCAUGCCCAGAGCCACCAGCCGGGAUUAUGGCAAUAGUCUUCUGUCUGUGCAGCUCUUGAUCAAGAAAAACCAUUCACUUCAAGUUGAAAUUGACAACCAUGAACCACGCAUCAUGUCAGUAGUACAGGUGGGCCAGGAUUUGAUAGAUUCUGGCCACUCACACUCAGAAGAGUUCCAGUCCCUCAUAGAUGACCUGUUGCACCGCUGGCAGGCACUGAAAGAUGCUGUUGAGGAUCGAAAACUGAAUCUUUUGUUGUCAGAAGUUGCACAGCAG